UGCAUUUUUAUUCUCAUAAACUGAAUACAGAGAAUGGUACACACAUAUGUAUAUAAAUAGACUAACUACAUGUAUUUGUGAAGUACUACAUAUUAGUUACAUGGUUUAACUAGCAGGACAUACUUUCACAUUAAUAAUUGUAAUAAAUUUACACAGUUUAGGUGUUAUUAUUGAAGACUUAUAUUCAACAGAAUGUUUAAUAAUGGUAAAAACCGUGAUUGGGAACAUUCAACAACGGGUCAUCAUGGUCAUCAUGUGGACUACGGACAUCAUCAGCAGCAAGCUCAACAAUUACAGUAUUGUCAAAGAUCAGCAGACGCUAGUGCCCAAAUGGUAUAUGAAGUAUAUGGCAACUGCAUAGCUAUUUUGAAAGAAUAUGAACAAAGAGAGCAGAAAACAAGUCGGUUAACCAGAUCAAAUAUAGAAAUGGUUGACCAGUCUCAUAAAGACGAAAAUGACGUAAAAAGAAUAGUGGAAGCUCAGUUAUUGAUGCUCGAGACUCAAAUAAAAAGUUGCCGUGAUGACGUUCGAGAUAAUGUGACACAACAGCUUAAGGAUUCAACAAUGGAAUGGUGUGCUGAAAGACACGACAAACAGCUCUCUACAGACAGUUAUACAGAUAAAUUUGCUGGACAGAUAUACGAGAUUCUCUCUAGAGGGCGAACAACUCACCCAGAGGACUUUUACCAGAAACCCGGUGAAGUAGCAGAUGUAAGCAUAGAAGAAAUGCAACUUGUAUUGUCUGCACAACACAAAAUUAAAGAAAAUGACAGAAAAUUUGAAGGAAAUCCAACCAGAAAAGCGAAAACACCAAGUGUUAGAUCUGGGGACAAGAGAAUAGGUGCAGAGAGACUACGAACAGUACGCAGGGAUCUUCAGCAAGACAUUCCUCCAGAGUAUCUAGAUCAGAGUAUGAGAUAAAAACGGCUGAAAUCAAAACAUUUCCAAAACGUAUUGAUACUUGACAAUAUAGUAAAGAAGAUAAAAUGAUUACAUGUUAAAUAAGACGCAUCAUUUUUUAUUCACUAUUUUGACAUUUUGAAUGUUUUGAUAGUUUUGUUAUUUUAGAUUUACUCAAAAUGUUUAAUUAUUUACAGUGUAACGUAUGAUGUAUAUGUGUAACAUUUUUUUUUAAUAUUAAAAACCCAAAUAUUCAGUGUU